CGCUCGUGUUCGCGAUAGUGCUUGUUUGCGAGUCGUUUUUGUUGAUCGACACCUACAUCGACCAAGUAGUUUUAUAUGAAAGUUAAAUAAAAAUAGAAUAAUUAUUAAAAAUUGUGUGAACACGGAAAGUACUUGAUCGUCGUGUAAAGGGUUGUAACCACAGACAUCUCAACCAUCAAUGUGUUUUCCGGAAAUUAACCGCUGUCGGUUAUGUAUGCAGUGUGCGGGAGUUUAUGAUGACUCCGACAAAUGGCGAGGCCGUGGAGGCACCCCGUGUAGUGGUACUGGAUGGCGGGUUCUCCACACAGCUGUCUUGCCACGUUGGUCACGUUAUAGAUGGAGACCCACUAUGGAGUGCUCGUUUUCUUCACACGCAUCCCGAUGAAGUCAUCAAUACACAUCUUGAUUUUCUUAGAGCGGGGGCCGACUUGAUAAUAACAAAUACGUAUCAAGCGUCGGUUGAGGGUUUUAUGGAGCACCUUGGGCUCACUAAACAGCAGAGCUGUGACCUUAUAGUGCAAGGUGCUGAGCUGGCUAAACGUGCGCGUGCUCUCUACAUAGAAGAGUAUCAAGACUACAUACAAAAUGGUCAGAUACCAUUGGUGGUAGGGUCCGUUGGACCCUUCGGGGCGCAUCUUCACGACGGUUCCGAGUACGACGGUAGUUAUGCGGAUACAACAUCGAUAGAGACAAUGCGUGAAUGGCAUCGACCGCGAAUUCAGGCUCUGGUCGAAGCUGGAGUGGACCUAUUAGCUUUGGAGACGAUUCCAUGUCAAGAGGAAGCCGAGAUGCUCUGUGACCUGUUGCGCGAAUUUCCAAAUAUGAAAGCUUGGUUAGCAUUCAGUUGCAAGGAUAACCAAAGUAUAGCUCAUGGAGAGAGUUUCCAAAAAGUAGCCAAGAAAUGUUGGGAGUCAAACCCUGAACAACUGGUAGCUGUGGGUGUAAACUGUUGCGCGCCGUCAUAUGUGUCCAACUUACUAAAGGGCUUCAACGACGACCGGCCACAUGCCCCCAUUCCACUUAUCGUCUACCCCAAUUCGGGCGAAAAAUACAACCCUCAAAUAGGAUGGAUAGACCGGGACAAAUGCGAGGCGGUGGAGGUAUUCAUUCAGGAGUGGCUGGAUCUGGGUGUAAGAUACGUCGGUGGGUGUUGUCGCACGUAUGCAGCCGACGUUUCUCGUAUUCGAAACCAAGUGCACUGUUGGAGAGACCGUUAUAGUUUCCAAACUAAACAACUGUUGAAGAAGAACGUGAUAGCUGAAUGAAAUUCUAUAACAUUAGCUAUAUGACAAAACACAUGUCCUAGGCAAAAUGUCUCGCAUAGAUAGGUACAUGUGUGACUUUAAUUUUUUAUUAAAAAUGAGGAUCUUAUUCUCUUCAAGCCAAAAUCAUUAGGCUUAAAUAUAGUUGUCGUAUAAAGCGGUUUUCGCAGAAUUUCUGGUCUUCGUGAUUAGGUAGGUCAGUAAGUCUAUUUGCAAAUAUACCCACUCAUAAAUGUCACUUUUAAUAUACAGCAAAAAUCUUUAUUGGGAAGAAGCAUUAGCAGAUGCGUUUACGACCCCAUAAAACGAGUUUGUGCACCAGCGACCAAAUUAAAUGAAAUGUCUCCUAUUUAAACGGGACGAAA